CACCGAAGAGGACUGGCUUGCAAACUUGUGUCAAUCUCUACAAACAAGAGCUAACCUAAUAGAUAAUUGGCACUAUAUCAGCAUGAUUAUUUAUGUUUUAUGAAUGACAUACACAUUAAUAGCCUAUAUGUUGUGCAUAUUUGAUUUUAAUAUUAAUAAAAAUCUAGCGACAAUCCGCUAUUUUAGCUAGAUAGCUUGGUAAUUGUGUUAACUUAAGCAAGCGUAAAUUUAUCUAAAUAUUUAGCUGCCCUCACUUUCACAUUAACAGCGAUAAUGUCCGAAAAGGGCAGUGAACUGUCGGACAUUGUAAAUGAAAAACGAGCCGUAGAUGCACAGCAGGCUUCAACUUUAGAGGCAGGAGACCAUGUAGAGAACCUGGAAGAAACUUCCGAAACACAACCUGGAGCAACCGAACCGGAAACUCAUUUAGAAGCUCUACAGAUCAACAACUCGGAAGAAACCGAUCCUGAUCAAGUUGCAGACGUCUGCUCUGAAACUUUUUAUCCUAUAGGCGACAAAGAAAACGGAACAGUAAAUCAUUCAGAAGAAAAGUCAGUGGCUCCGGUGGAAGUAUAUGAUUCUGACCAGGGAGAUGUCAAUUCGCAAGGCAAGACAGUGCAUAAGAAAACGACAUUCGCUCCUGAUGUUGGGAACUCAACGGCCACAGUGAAGAUGCUCCUACCCGAAGGGCACGUGAUGACUCUGGCCUUUGCCAUCGGUUUUACCAUCCAGGAUUUAAAGAAUCACUUCGCAAAUGAGCUGAAAAUAUCAUCGGACAUUAUACAGGUCUCACUUGAUGGCAGCGCUGUUACGGACAGGGAUACACUCGUUGAUUUGGGUGUCCAGCCACACGGCACCAUCCAACUAGAGAUGUCGUCCAUAGACCCCGAAAAUCAUCCCAUCCGACCAGUUAAACUUCAAACGGAGUACAAUAUGCCGGACGUUAUCACCGUCAGAGUACAAGCAGGAACGGACGCGUACCAGGACGUGGUGGUGGAGAUCGAGCGGGCCACGCAGAGGAAAACCUUUUUGGGAGGGUACCGGCACAAGGUCACGGGGACAGAAUUCCACCACUGCGCCGUGCAGACUGUGGCCAAGAGGCCUCCCGGCAAGGGUUUGGAGACGUUCUGCCGUGACACUCAGACGGUGGAGGUGAAGAGCCAGGCCCAGCAGUGCUCCAGCACCACGGCCACGCAGAUGAGCAAGAUCGGCUGCCACGUGUCCAACAUGGAGGACAAGCUCGUGCCCCCUGGCCCCUACGUCACAGCCGACGAGUGCGCCUUCCAGAAGUGGAAGGCAAUCAUAGUGCUGCAGAAGUACGCGAGACGCUGGCUGGCCAAGAGUCAGAUUCACCAGCUGAGGCAUGAGAAGCAGGAGCGACUGGAUUGGCUGGAGAGGGAGCACGCCAGGAAGCUGAGGGACAAAGAGAAGCAGAUGGAGGCCGAGUAUCGCAGGAGGAUGAACCCUCAGACCAAGGAGGACUUCGCCCUGCUCUACAGCGCCCUGGAGAGGUGGAGGAAAGAAGAGGUGGAGCGCAUCAACGCCACGCACGCGGGGGCGAAGCGCAAGGGCGCCCUGUGCACGCUGCUGAACGAGGAGACCCAGCACAUCGCCUCCAUCGGACAGCACCGCCUAGUGGCGGCCAAGAAGAACGAGGAGAAGGCCGUCCAAACCCUCCUGGAAAAGUGCGCGGCGCCCAAGGCUUGGAAGUCCUUCGAUGGGAAAGUGACGGCGAUGGACACGCAGAACACCAUCAGGGCCAGGGAGCUGCAGGAGCUCUACGUCAGCCUCAGCGCCCAGUACAGGAGCCCGGACGACCGGCUGGCCGUGCUGCAGUCGCUCAGAGACACCGUCAAGGAGCAGGACUGCAAGCUGACGCGGGAGAUCAUGGACUUGAUUUGCAGGGAGGCGGACCUCAUGACUCGUGAAGUCAAGAGUGCCAAUCUGGAGGGACUGAGGAAGAGGAUCUCCACCCUCUUCCUCCAGUACAUCAAAACCCCUGCCUUCAACCCAGAAGUGACCAGGCUUCUGAAGGUGCCCCCGAACGCCGGGCAGAAGAGGAGGAAGAUCUACCGCUGCAAGGCCUGCAACAGCUACCUGCCGUGCACGGGCUUCUCCCUGUCCAUCGGCUCCAGCCAGAUGGCCCGCUGCCACCGCUGCAUGGAGCUGGACAAUGAGGCGCGGCACCGGGAGGACGCGUCCCUCUACCGGGACAUCCUCCUGCACCUGCGCCGGGCCGAGGCAGAGCGCCACCCGCAGGCCAAGAUCAUCUACCUGCUGCAGGAGCAGGACCUGCGGUACCUGGUGGAUGUGAUCUGGGGGGCGCAGUCGGCCCUGAGCGCGUGCGACGACCUGCGGGACCUGGUGAUGGUGCGCUGGGACCGGGCGGAGGAGUGGAGCCCCUGGAACUGCGUCCUGCUCAACAAGGACGAGGCCCCCGCCCACCUCAAGAUGGAGAGCGUCCGCGAGGCAUACGGAACGUCGUUCAUCCGGAGCGUACAGCACAAACACAUGCUGGCCCGGAAUUACUUUUCCGAGAUCCCGGCCAUGGCGGAUCGCUUCGACAGCACGGGCUGCCUGCCUGCCGCCCAAUCCAGCGCCCCGGCGUCCAAGCCGGUUUCCACAGCGACCGAGUGAUACCGCCUCCGGGACCCCUGACUCCUCCCUCUCCACCCCACAGGAGACAGGAGUCCAGUCACAUAACACUCCUUGACUUACUGGCUGGCUUUGUUAACUGUGUCAAAAUUGUACUGAGUUGUUCCGGAAAAUACAAACUCCACAAAAGAAAGAAGUUGUAUAUCAAACCCUCUGUCUAUGGUUGAUUUAAAAAAAAAAACUUUUUUCCUUCGCCUACCCAUAACCCCCCUCUCCCCCUGCUGGAAAUACAGAUCAUGUGUUAGGUGAAUGAGAUUCUGCGAUUGGGUGAGUUAUGUUUAAACCCCACGCCAACCUUCCACCUGAUCACAGAAACAGGAAACAGACCUUGCUUGGUAUAUCGCCCAUGUUUGUACCCCACCUCAGUCUACCCAGUCAGCGUAAGUCAGGGGGUGUCCAAUCUUAUCCGAAAAGGGCCAGUGUGGAUGCAGGUGUUUGUUUUAGCCCAGCACUACGAUACCUGAUUCUACUUAUCAAGGUCUUGAUUGAAGAACUUCCAUAAUUGGUUAAUCAGUUGAAUCAGGUGUAGUACUGAGCCAAAACAAAAACCUGCACCCACACCGGCCAUUUUUCGAUAAGAUUGGACACCCCUGGCACAAGUUCUCUGUUCUCUUCGGUGGUCCGCUAGCAUUUUGCGAUCGGCACGCCUGUCGGCCCACCAGCAUUUCACCAGUCGGCCCUACAGCAGUCCUCUGGCAGACAGACUCUAGUCUGACCGUUUAGAAAAGGCAAUAAAGAGGGGGUGGUGGCCCUGCCGCAAGCGGCCCGCCGCAGCGCCGAUAUGCAAAAAGCUGAGAUGCUGGCAGUCGUUGCUGAUGACGGACCAGCGGGGGCCUGCAUGCUGGGGACUGUUGAGCGGCUGUCACAGGGCUUGGCGGCCGCACACGCUGAUGCAUUGCUGGCUGCUCAUGUGUCUGAGCAGUGAGGUGAAAAAGCUCCUGUGUGUUUGAUUCAGACAGCACUUCUGCUCCAUGUCCUGGAUUUGGUGUUUUAUCACAUAAGUUUGAGAGUCUUUUAUAAAGCAGCGAAAAGCACUGCUUGACCCCAACAUUCUUCUGGUGUUUCACAUUAUCCAGAGACCAAAAGACAGUCCUUUAUUAAAUAUUAAUAUAUGUAUGUGAAGUUGGAAAUGGUUUAUCUGUGAUACCAUUUUAUAAAGAUACUGUUAAGUAUUAAGGUGCCUCUUUCCUAUUCCUACAUUAAAAAAGAUAUUAUAUAUUUAAUGUGCAUGUAUUGUUUUAUUCUACGAAAGGGAGUUUUUCAUAAUUCAUAAAGAGCUCAAGCAUCAUUAUUUGAACUGUCUCAGUAUCACUAAGCUUGAAGCAGAUCACUCUCUGUAAUUCUAAUCUAGCUAAUGUACCUCUAAUAUAGCUAAUGACUCCAGACUAAUUACAUAUACAGUUUGUAACUAAUUCCAGAACAUUUAUGUCAGAGGCUUUUUUUAACCAAACUGCAAGAUUACAUUUUGCUGAAUGUCUGCAGGUUGUCUGUGAAUAAGCGGUCCCCAUAGCAACCACUGUGGAAAUAAUGUGCCACACUAAUGUAUAAUUGAUGUGCAAUUUCUCAGUUAAGAACAGAUUUUAAAAUUAGAAAUAAAUGUAAUGGAUUUCAUGGUUUUAUUAGUAGAAGUAUGUUAUGUGUGUGUG